CCCCAAGUGUGUUCUACAAUCAUUUUUUAAUAUGAAAAUACAUUGUGAAUUUUUUCAAACUGUAAAAGUAAAGUAUUUAUUAUUUAUUAAUUAUUUUAGAAUUAUUUAUAUUUAAUUUAUUUUUUAAAAGAGGACAAUCUUAUGUAAAAUUUUUGGGUCGGCCAAUGCCUGACCCAGUACCGCCAUCAACGCCAAGUUCCCAUCUUUGAGCUUUUUGGAUGAUCUUCCGGCGGCUUCCAAUCGCCUUCACCCCAUGUGCAAAUCAAGAAACAGCACUGAAAUCCGCCAUUCUUCCAGACCCACCAAGCCUUCUUCUUCGUCUUCUGCUACUUUCUCUUCUUCCUUAACAUCUUCCUCUUCUUUCCCGAACCCUUCUUAUAAUUCAUCCAUAUCGAAUUGCGACGCCUCCAAAUCUUCCUCCUUCUCCAGCAGAACCUCCCUCGCCAGCCUCCGUGGCUCUUUACCCGAAAACGCCACCAUUUACGACUUAUCGGAAAUCUCCAGAGCUACCCACAAUUUCUUGCUCAAGCCCUUCUCCUCUUCCUCCACUUCCACCUCCUGGCGCUGCGCGAUUCGCGGCAGGGACGCCGUCCUCUUCCAGCGGAAGCUCCGCCGCCCAAUUGAGCCGCCCGAACUGCAGCAAAGGUUACUGACGAUAUGCCGCAGUCACUACAGCAGCUUGGUUAAGCUUCUGGGGGCGGCCGUCUCCGGCAGGUACAUUUAUCUGGUCUACGACUACGUCCCUGGAUCCAAUUUAGCCGAUUGUCUCCGAAACCCUCAAAACCCGAGCUUCACGGUGCUCUCCACUUGGCUUUCCCGGAUGCAGAUCGCUACUGAUGUAGCCCAUGGCCUCGAUUACAUUCACCAUUGCUCAGGUUUGAACACGAAUUUUGUGCAUAAUCAUGUGAAGAGUUCGAGCAUUUUGGUCACUGAGGCGACUCUGAAUGCGAAAAUCUGUCAUUUUGGGGAAAUGGAUCAUUCUGAACGCGAGCUCAAGAAGAAAUCUAGUAGCAGGUUGUCAGGAACUAGAAGGUCGAAAAUAGAAGGAACCAGGGGAUACAUGGCGCCUGAGUUUCAGUCCAAGGGGGUCUUGACACAGAAAUGUGAUGUUUAUGCCUUUGGAGUUGUGAUCCUGGAGCUGCUGUCUGGUUUGGAGGCGUUGAGGUAUGAGUUUGAUGAAGGAGGUGAAGGGGUUUGGAGAAUCAGUGUCAUUGAGAUGGCUAGACAGGCGGUUGCAGGUUGUGGUGCUGGGGUGAGGAAAUGGGUUGAUAGGAGGUUGAAGGAUUCAUAUCCGGUGGAUGUGGCGGAGAAGAUGGUGUCGAUGGCGUUGGAAUGCGUGGAGGAGGAUCCCGAGAAGCGGCCGGAUAUGGAGAAGGUUGCUGUCAAGGUGUCUAAGUUGUACCUGGAAUCAAAGGGCUGAGAGGAUCUGCUUGGCAGUUGAUUUCUCGUCUUCAUUGGCUCCCAGGUGAUGCUAGUUGUUUACAAUCCAGUUAUAGAGAUUAGAGAUACAAUAGAAUAGAGAAUACCUAUACCACACAUUGCAAAACUGGUCAUAUUAGUGACUCAAGUUAACCAGAACUUAGUUUGAGAUUGCAAAAUUUUGUUCUUUAAUGGAGGGAAUGCAACUGCAUAGGAGGCAGUUUAUCUUCUUUCGACUUGUAUUUCACAAAUACACUUUACUCUCAGACGAACAAUGAGAAUCUCCUGCAUAGAAUCUUCAAAACAAAUUUCCCUGUAUGCAUUGUCUGCAUUGUUAGAAAUAUGCAGAGAUUUGGAGGAGAUCUACUGGUUCAGUUGCUUAGUUUCAGUCACUUUGGCUGAAUUAGAUAUUUAUCAGGUGAAGAAGGGGUCAAAUUAGGCUACGCCUUGGCAUUGUCCUUCUGUCUUCAUCUGAUUGUUUUUAGUGUUCAACCAGUUGCUGUUCACUUCAUGCUUCUAGCCGGCUGUCUGGAUUUGAUUCAUGGCCUAAUUGGUGGGUCAUUUUCUGAUUGAGAAAGCGAUAAGAUGACAAGGAGAGGAAUACCAGAAUGUAAUUGUUUGACGUUCUGUAACCAGAAAAAUACAAUUGUGUCGUUUGGUAAUAUAAAAUAUUGGAUGAGCGACUACUUCCAAGCAAUGUAGUCAAAAUCGCGAUUCUAUCUAGAAGCGUGUUGGUGACCUAGAAGCGUAAAAUCGUAAGCUUUUAAGUUUCAAAGCAUAGAUUUUGACUACACCUGUAAGGGAAAAGCACGAUUCUAUGUAGAAGCGUUUUGAUGAUCUAAAAAGGUAGACACGUAAGCUUUUAAGUUUUAAAGCGCUAUUUUAACUGCAUUGCUUCCAAGUAUGAGGAUAUGGUUUUUUAUUUACAGUAGAAGCAUAUUGCUGUAUCUACAAGUCAAUGAAAUGAGGUAUGUAGUAUGAGUGUGAAAUGUAUGCUUUCAGCUUUCUGGAUUGGGUUUGUGGCGCUAGUUUUUUUUUUUUUUUUUUUUUUUUUUGGUUGUUGCUGAUCAACCCACGAGUGUGUGGCGCCUGUUUUUCUCAUCGGUCCAAGUCAAUCCGUGAGUUGGUAAGUAAAUUGACAGCCUUUCAAUGAUAUUUUGUGCAUAUCGCGUUUCGAUUUGGUUUUGAGAACCCAGAACGUUUUGUGGUUCCAACGUUUUUCUUAACACGCAGAAUAUUUGAGUGUUAAGUUGAAACGCUAAAAAUGAAAAACGUUCGGGUUUUCAAAACCGAAAUCGAAAUGCGAAAACUGUCGAGAACGAUAUAUUGCCGAUAUGCCAUAUGACUGUAUCUGUAUUCUGUAUGAGUGAAGGCCAAUGCUACGGUACCGCUAUCAAAAGUGCGGCACCGGUGCCGCUUCUUUUUAUUGGACCACAUGGCUGCUUAUGUGGCUUAAGUUAAUUGUCUUACAGAAAAUCCAACCCAAAACCUAUUCCAUCAACCGGCCCAACCAUCAAACCUCUUUAAUGCUUUUUUUAUUUUCUUUUUCUCCUCGUAAAUUAACAGUCUCCCUCAUCAUCCCUCUUCUAGGGCUGCUUUGCCGCCACCAAAUCCUGUCAAUCUUAAGCCAAUGGAAAACUAAAUCUUCCUCCCUCUCUGAUCCCUUUUUCAAUCAUCAAAACCCGGAGUAUCGGAACCCAGAUCCAAAGAUUGAUGAUUAUAAUUCCAGAGCGGCUUUUGCUUUCAGUUAAUUCCACCCUCGCUCACCGCCUCGUUCCCGUUUGUUUAACCGGUAGUCAAUAAUUAUUAAUUCUUUCUUCCUCAUCGCGCGAAUGAUGAACUACAAAAAUAAAUUUGUUGGUUGGCUUGAGAUUGUGUGGAUCACGGGAUGGUGGAGCAGUUCGACGGAGACGCAGCGCCGGCCGAGACAAGGAUUCGUGCCUGCAAGUAUUUUUCUUACAUAAUAACUCUUGGAGGAAGAU